CAACACUUCUGUUGACCGAUUUCCAUCUUCACUCUCCUCUGCUACUCCGCCUUCCUCCAUGUGAGAGAGCUCUCCAAGCUUCAAUUUCCCGCCACAAAAAUGCUCUCUCAAUCUCACUUUCUCUCUCUAGAUCCUCGCUCUCGUGCUUUCCUCUAUACGAAUUAUAGGACCUGCUGUUCAUCAUCAUUGUCUUCAUCGCCAUCGUCAACCCUAGCCUUGACAAAAUCUCGCCGAAUCCUCUCGAUGACUACAACGCGGUCGACACUCUCGGACGGAGUUGGUGCGGUUACGAGCAUCGAACAUAGCGGUUCUGAACUUGAUCGUUUUGCCAACGUCGCAAACAAGUUAGCCGACGCCGCCGGCGAUGUCAUUCGCAAGUAUUUUCGCAAGAAAUUUGAUAUCGUCGACAAAGAAGAUUUGAGUCCGGUGACAAUAGCUGAUAGAGCUGCAGAAGAAGCAAUGAUCUCGAUAAUACGAGAGAGUUUGCCUUCUCAUGCAAUUUAUGGCGAGGAGAAUGGUUGGCAAUGUACAGAGAAAUCUGCAGAUUAUGUGUGGGUUUUGGAUCCAAUAGAUGGGACAAAGAGCUUCAUUACAGGAAAACCGGUGUUUGGCACCCUCAUUGCUUUACUUCACAGAGGUAAACCGAUUCUUGGAGUAAUUGAUCAGCCUAUUUUAAGAGAAAGAUGGGUUGGUAUAACUGGAAGAACUACUACACUGAAUGGAGAAGAAAUAUCCACUCGCAAUUGUCCAAAGCUUUCACAAGCAUAUCUGUACACAACUAGUCCACAUCUAUUUAGUGGCGAUGCUGUAGUGGCUUUUGCUAGAGUGAGAGAUAAGGUGAAAGUUCCUUUAUAUGGAUGUGAUUGUUAUGCGUAUGCACUUCUGGCUUCUGGGCAUGUAGAUCUGGUAGUAGAGUCUGGUCUGAAGCCAUAUGAUUUUCUUUCGUUAAUACCGGUGAUAGAAGGGGCUGGUGGAGUGAUAACUGAUUGGAAAGGGAAUGAGCUUAGCUGGGUGGCUUCUUCCACUUCAAAACCAACAAGUUUUAAUGUAGUGGCGGCUGGGAACAGACAGUUGCACCAACAAGCUGUGGAUUGUUUAGAGUGGGAAUAAUAAAACUUUCAGCAUUUUCCUUCCUGGUUUUAAUAAAAUGUUGUAAUUGACAAGGAGAGAAAUGCAAAACUGUCAUAAGAUUUGUUUCAAUUUGAAACAAACUAUAAUUGUUCUAA